CACACAACAGACACAGACACAAUGUACAGACUUGGUGCCCAACAGAUCGCUCGUGCUUCUUGUGCACAAGCAAGAAACUAUGCUACUUUGAGAGAAAUCGAAACCAGAUUAAAGUCGAUCAAGAACAUCGAGAAGAUUACCAAGACGAUGAAGAUUGUUGCGUCCACCAGACUGGGUAAGGCCGAGAAGGCCAUGACCUCCUCAAGAGUCUACCACGAGUCCGACAUCGACUUCUUCAAGACCGCCGAGACCGCUGCUCCAGAGGGCUCCGAAAAGACCUUGAUCAUCGCCAUCACCUCCGACAAGGGUUUGUGUGGUUCCAUCCACUCCCAGAUGGGUAAGAAGGUCAAGGCUGCUGUCAGCGAAUACCCUUCUGCAGACAUCGUCUCCAUCGGUGACAAGACCAAGAACCAGGUUUUGAGAUCCAACUCCGACAAGCUUGUUCUCUCCUUCAACGGUGUCGGUAAGGAGACCCCAUCCUUCAACGAAGCUUCUCUGAUUGUCGACGAAAUCUCCAAGUUGGGCGACUAUGACAAGAUCAUUGUCCUCUACAACAAGUUUGUCUCCUCCGUCUCCUUCGAGCCUUCCGCCGCCUCCAUCUUCUCCAAGGAGUCCAUCGACGCGUCCACCAAGUUGUCCGUCUUCGACAUCGAGGACGACGACACCACCGGUGUCUUGGCCAAGGUGGCCUUGACCAACGCCGUCUUCGCCGGUAUGGCCGAGGGUUACGCCUCCGAGAUCUCUGCCAGAAGAAACGCCAUGGAUAACGCCUCCAAGAACGCUGGUGACAUGAUCAACAAAUACUCCAUCUUGUACAACAGAACCAGACAGGCCGUCAUCACCAACGAAUUGGUCGAUAUCAUUACCGGUGCCUCCUCCUUGGACUAGUGCUCGCGGCCCCCCGUAUCCCCCACCCCACUACCUAUUCCAACAUUACGACGACUCUGAAAUUAUGAUAACUAUGAUUACACUCGGCUGACCCGUCCGUGGCCCUUUGCCCGCCGGGCCGGAGGCCCGUUUAUUAUUUAUUAUAUCACACUAUGUUAUGUCAUACAUA